AUUAUUCAGCGCUCCACUGGCACAGCGCAUGAGGUGGUGCAUCUUGCCUUGUCAUCCGCGCGCGCCUCAUCGGUCUGCAUCCUUCCAUCCUCCAUCAAGCACCGAGCGACGCGGUGAAGAUGCUGAUGGUCGCCCUGAAUCUCGCACUCUGCCUGGUGACCGUUAAUGGACUCCUUCCAGAAACUUGGACAUCUCCCGGUGUGGACUUACAGUCGCACGCGCCCACAGAGGCGAGCGUUGGACAAAAGCCGACUGCGCUGAGUGACCUGUUCAGCGACGAGAAGAAACUGGUGGAAAACACGCAGCGCAAACUGGAGGACGAUGAGCAUCAGAUGGACAAUGAGAGUGCAAAUUCUAUCCAGCCCAUCCAUAACAUCACCUCAAAUUACAGCAACGAAAGCAGAUUAGAGAUCGUUACCGGAAAUCAAUCUACCCCUGCUCCGGAGGCGAUCAAUAAGAUAUCAGCCAACACAACGGAGGACAUCCGCAUGACCAGAACCGUUAACCAGUCCAGCAACAAGGAAAAUGAUAUUGAUCGUGAAUGCAUUAUUGACGAGGACUGUGAGAAAGGUAGAUUCUGCCUGUACGAUGAACACCACUCCGAGUGUAUGCUUUGCAAGCAGUCAAAUGCGACCUGCAGCAAAGAUGAGGAGUGCUGUGAGGGCCAGCUGUGUGUGUUCGGUCAGUGCACGAACUCCACUAAAGGAAAAACAGGAACCAUCUGCCAAGAACAAGUCAACUGUGAUCCCGAUCUGUGCUGCGCCUUUUAUAAAGGCCUGCUCUUCCCAGUGUGCAUUCCCAAACCUAAAAAACAUGAGCCCUGUAGCAUCUCCCCCAAUCACCUGAUGGACCUGCUGUCAUGGGAUUUAGGACGCAGGAGUCCAAAAGAGCACUGUCCCUGCGCUGGGAACCUGCAGUGCCAACAUCUGGGUCGCAGCUUGGUGUGUUUGAAAGGUCCGACCUCCAGCGAAGAAGUUCUGGCCGACACACUGUACGGCGAAAUCGACUACAUCAUCUAAUCCUGGACACCGAACCUGUCCAGACUUGACGUUAGUACCAUAGUGAGCUCUGCAAACUUCACUGAGCCUGAAAGCCUUUAGCAGUCUGCUGUAGAAAACUAUUACUCAAAACUCUAUGUACAAACUGGUCACCAUUAUCGUGCUUCAUGUGCCAGUGUUCAGCUUCUCUACAAACAGCUGCAGCUUUUAGCAGGAAGUGUACCAUGUAAAGGCCCCCCCCCCAAACGUCUGCAGACAGGAAGCAGCAUUAGAUUAAAAGAUAGAGAGUAUAUACUGUAUCUAGAUGCAUAUGACUGAACAGUGUAAAAAUAAAACUAGUACUGUGGAUGCACAUAUUUCUAGACCAGUUACCAGAAUCAGACCUGGAGGAUCCCAGCGCUUCAGAACUCAGUAUUUUACACUCAUUACUACGCUGUCAUGUGCUGAAUUUGGUGGUGUGUGUGUGGGGGUAACAUAAAUUGCUGCUCCAGGAUCGAGUACAACAACGAUUUAAGAAUUAAGUUAAAAUAUGAAAUGCAAUAUUGUGUGUUGAUUCAAAGCUACAGAAAUGUUACCUUGCAAUUAAUAAAAAGCUGGAAAAUG